AGAGAGCGUGUGAGAAAGAAAGAGAGAGAGAAAGAGAGCAAAAGAGAGCAAGAGAGAGAAACGGAGAGUGAGAAAGAGAGAAUCUUGAAAGCUGAUCGGCUCCGCUGUCGGCAAGUCCCUCCCUCUGUCAAGUGCCGGUUCAACUGGCUCCGGAUUCCAGAGAACAAAAGAUUUGAUGGACAUGACCCCCCCCCAAAAAAAAACAAUGUGAAAACCACACACGCAAUCGCUUUCAUUCCUUCCGUCAGAGACGAAAGAUGCCAAUUUCUCAUUGAUUUUCGCCGAUCGAUUGUUAUUUGCGAUCUUCGAGAGUUUGCGCGCGUGCGUGUGAUCGGGGUAAGGCGAACUUUAUCCGAACCAUCAACACGUCAUCUUGCCACAUACGUGUAGCGGAGAUUAUCGUCAUUAGUAUUUCAAAAUAGGAGACAAACACGAGAUAAAGGCGUUGUCUUGGCUGUGUCUGAUGAAACGUCAUCUAACCUGUCCUCAAACAAGAUCGACACCUGCGGCUGAGCAAAACCCGGAGCAAGGCAGGCGCACUGCGGCACGGCCCGCAGUGAACGUCAGAAGCUCGUCGACUCACGGGCGACGAUGGCCAGCCGAGUUGAAGAGCAGCUCCGAUGUCCCAGAUGUUUUGACAUUUUCAAAGAUCCCGUCGAGCUUCGGUGUAGCCACAACGUGUGCCUGUCGUGCGCGCGGCAGUGGUGGGACGAGACGGGAGAACGGUCGCGUCCGGUCUGUCGGAAAAGGUGCAACUCCACGGAACCGCCCUUGAACCUGGCGCUGAGGAGCGCGUGCGAGGCUUUUUCGGAGGCCUCGUCGGAGCCCCGGGACAUCUGCAGGUCGCACAAGGAGAAAUUGAAUUUCUUCUGCUCGAACCACCGGGAGUCGGUGUGCAUCAUUUGCAGGGAUGCGGAAAUCCACGCCGGCCACCAGGUACGGCCCCUGGAUGAAGCCGCUCGAGAGCGCAGAACCCAACUCCGGGAAGGCCUGCGGAGAGCCAAGAAAACUCUGGAAGUGCACAAUGAGGUGAAAGACAGCUGCAGUGAGCAAGCGGAGCACAUCAAAGUCCAGGCGGAGCAGGUCGAACGCAAGAUUAAGAAGGAUUUCGAGGAGCUUCGAGGAUUUUUGCGGCUUGAGGAGGAAGCCAAGUUGGCUGCCGUGAGGGAGGAAGCGCGGAGGAAGAGUCAGAUGAUGGAGGAGAAGAUGGAGGCUGUCGCCAGAGACCAGGCCGCUCUGUCGGACCUGAUCAGAACCGCAGAGGGGCUGCUCUCAUCUGACCCGGUUUCCUUCAUGAAGGACUCCCGGGCCGCGGUGAGCAGAAUCCGGCAGCUGCCCGAGAAACCCCGAGCGCUCCCCGGGGCGCUGCUGGAUGAAGUCAAACACGUGGCCAACCUCAAGUUCACCGUGUGGGAACGAAUGAUGGAGAUGGUCUCCUUCAGUCCCGUGAUUCUGGACCCGAACACGGCCGGUCCGGAACUCAGUCUGUCCGAAGAUCUGACCGGUGUGAGCGCGAGAGCUGGACAGAAACAUCCAAAGAAUCCCGAGAGGUGUCAGUACUGGAACGGCGUGCUCGGUUCCGCUUUGGGCUCGGGAACGCACGUCUGGGACGUCGACGUGGGAGACAACGCUGACUGGCGGCUGGGGGUCGCGUGGGGGGAACCCGAUUCGGCCCCCAGCGUAUUCACGUCGCUCGUCGGAUUCAGUGACGAUAAAUACAAAAGGUUAUUGGGGCGAUACGAAUCCUGGAAUCCGCCGGUAAAACUGCAGAGGAUCCGAAUUUGCGUGGACGCUGACCAAAGAUCCGUUUGGUUGUCCGAAUCGCUCCGAAACACCGAAUUGUCCACGAGGAAGAACUUUUCAAAUUGGCCGAAUUUGUCUGCGAGCAUGAAAAUGUAUCCUUACUUUUACACACAGGAUAAACGUCCGCUGAAAAUAAUGCCGCUUGCACUUUGUGUUACAAAACAAAGUCUGUGACGACGCCGGAGAGAAUUUUGCGAUGACGUGCUCGACAGAAAAUGAAAAGAUGAUGAAUUGAAUGCGACGUGCCUUGGCCUCACAGUUUUGAGGUGCCGGGUUCGAUCAUGCGGCUAAGAAAAUGGAUGGAUGGAUGGAUGGAUGGACGAAUGCGAUCUGUAACUUUACGAUAUUUCUUUCUCUCACAUUGACUAGUUCAAUAAGUAGAAAAUAUCAUUUUGGGAGUCAUACUAAGAAGCAGCUUGGACAAUGGAGAAUGUAGGAGAAAAAUUGAUCUGAAAUGUUUUCUUUCAUAAUGUGAAGACUUGCAUUGUUUUCUUCUCAAUGCCUUUUGUGACUUUUAUUUUGCCGACAGUUGCAUAUGAACGAGCGGGAGCACUUCGAGGUGUCUGACGCAUCUCGUGCAAAAUAAUUGGACUUUGUGCUUGUAUCUGUAUUGACAAGUAUCAGUGUAAUCAAAAACUACAGGGAAUAAAUACAACAUUUGGCACAGAAGAUUCCUGUGGUUAAUGAACUUGGUUCCAGUGCGAGAAGCCAACAAUCACAUCUCGCUGCGUUCAACGCUUCUUCGGGUUUAUUAUCAUUUAGUUCAGGGGUCAGGAACCUGUGGCUCGCGGGCCAUAUCUGGCUCUUUCGACGGAUGCAGACGGCUCGCAAUGCCCUCAUAACGACACACUUUUGUCGCGUAGGCAACGCAAAUGCGGCAGAGACGCUUUGUCCGAGUGGAGUUGUCGUAGUUUACCGUCCGAUACGGCAGUCGAUGUGCGCAGGUGCAGAAGGGUGGAACGCAGAUCGUGUAGAAAUUAAUUGUAGAAACGCUUUUGAGAAAUAAUAUGGAAGUGUAUUA